AUGAGUCAAACUAGACAAACAUCUGGUUUAACAACAUCAACAUCUCAUUAUACAUCAUCAAGAUCAUCAAAUUCACCAUCAAUAAAAGCACUUCAACUUGAAUAUGCAAAAUUACAAAAAGAACCAGUAGAAGGUUUUACUGUUAAACUUGAUGAUGAUUCAAAUCUGUAUAAAUGGCAUGUGGGAAUAUUUGGUCCACCAGAUACUUUAUAUGAAGGCGGUUAUUUUAAAGCUGAUAUGGAAUUUCCAACAACCUAUCCAUUUGCUCCACCAAAAGUUCGAUUUCUUACAAAAAUGUGGCAUCCAAAUAUUUACGAAAAUGGUGAAGUAUGUAUAUCAAUUCUUCAUCCUCCAACUGAAGAUCCUCAAUCAGGUGAACAUCCAAGUGAACGGUGGAAUCCUACACAAAAUGUUCGAACAAUUUUAAUGUCAAUAAUAAGUCUAUUGAAUGAGCCAAAUUGUUCAUCACCUGCAAAUGUUGAUGCUAGUGUUAUGUAUCGAAAAUAUAAAGAAAAUAAAGAUAAUGAAUAUGAAACAAUAAUAAAAAAA